GUUCAGCCAACUAAUGAACACCCAGUUCUUCCAUUUGAUUCUGCAAUGAGUGGCAUGAACAUAUGACUGACCAGUUUCUCACUGUCCUUUGAUUUGCUGCUAAAAAAUUAUGCACUGCUGAAAAUAUACUGUACAAUAUAUACAAGAGCACAGUUAACAUCCUUUUGAGUCAUGGUAUUGUUCAUCCUUUUUGUCAUAGUAUGAACUGUAAUUUUAUGACUAUCUUCAAGUUUACUCUAGAUUUAAACAUGAAGAAUGUCACUGAAGUUAACGUAUUUGUACUGAAGGGCUUCACAGACAAUCUUGAACUACAGAUCACCUUCUUCUUCCUGUUUCUAGCAAUCUACAUCUUAACUCUCAUGGGAAAUUUAGGACUGAUUGUACUGGUCACUGGGUAUUCCCAGCUCCACAAUCCCAUGUACUAUUUUCUUAGUGUUUUGUCGUUCUUGGAUGCCUGCUAUUCUACAGUUGUCACUCCAAAAAUGUUGGUCAAUUUUCUGGCAAAAAAUAAAUCCAUUUCAUUUACUGGAUGUGCAACACAGAUGCUUCUCCUUAUUACUUUUGGAACCACAGAAUGCUUUCUCUUGGCUGCAAUGGCUUAUGAUCGCUAUGUAGCCAUCUACAACCCGCUCCUGUAUUCAGUGACCAUGUCACCCAGAGUCUAUGUGCCCCUCAUCACUGCUUCCUACAUUGCUGGCAUUCUGCAUGCUACUAUACAUACGGUGGCUACAUUUAGCCUGUCCUUCUGUGCAUCCAGUGAAAUUCGACAUGUCUUCUGUGAUAUCCCUCCUCUCCUGGCUAUUUCUUGUUCUGACACUCACAUAAACCAGCUUCUACUCUUCUAUUUUGUGGGCUCUAUUGAGAUAGUCACUAUCCUGAUUGUCCUGAUCUCCUAUUUUUUCAUUCUGCUGGCCAUUCUGAAGAUGCAUUCUGCGGAAGGGAGGAGAAAAGUCUUCUCCACCUGUGGGGCUCACCUAACUGGAGUGUCAAUUUAUCAUGGGACAAUCCUCUUCAUGUAUGUGAGACCAAGUUCCAGCUAUGUUUUGGAGCAUGACAUGAUAGUGUCGAUAUUUUACACCAUUGUGAUUCCCAUGCUGAAUCCCAUCAUCUACAGUUUGAGGAACAAAGAUGUAAAAGAGGCAAUGAAAAAAAUAUUUGGAAAAAAAUCAGGAUAUCAAUAAAGUAUACUUUCAUAGUAAAAAAUAGAUUUUAAAAAGUUAAGAGUGAUACUCUGCACCCCAGUACCAAGAGCCUGUCAUUGUGGUGUUAUGAUAUACACUGGCUUUCAUCCAAAAUUCCCAUAGCCCUUGUUACAGUCUUUUGUUAUAAGGUUGGGUGUGUUAGGCCUCAGGGGCAGGUCUUUUACAUUCUCCGGCCCUCCUUUCACUUGCCCAAGGCAGGAUUCCAAUGUUUGCCUUACUGAUUGUGAGUCUUAUGACUCUCCCAUGAGAGAGUACCGCCCUAAUCCUUGGGGGAAGGAAUGCUGAUGCCUUGAAGCUUCCAUAAAACCUAGGAGGAUAGGAUUCAGUGAGCUUCUGGAUAGCAGAACCUGUGGAAGUUGCUAGAGAGUGGCAAGGUCAGGGAGGGUAUGGAAGCUCUGUACCCCUUUUCUUAUACCUUGCCCUACACAUCCCUUCAUUUGUAUCCUUUGCAAUAUCCUGUAUCAUAAGCAAGUAAUAUGUUUCCCUGACUUUUGUGAGCUGCUUCAGUAAUUUAAUGAUACCCAAAGAGGGGGUCAUGGGAGCUCCAACUUGAAGCUGGUUGGUCAGAAGUUCCAGAGACCCACACUUGUGAUGUUCCUCCUCUCCUUGCUAUUUCUUGUCUGAAACUCACAUAAACCAGCUUCUACUUCAAGUGUUGUUGGGAGGCAGUUUUGAGGACUGAACCUUCAACCUACGGAAUCUCCAGGUAAACAGUGUUGCAAAUGAAUUAGAGGAAACCAGGUUUGUUUCUACUGCGUGGUGUGGGAGGAAAAAAACCCCCACACAUUUGGUCACUGAGGUUGUUGAUGAUUACUGUGGUAUGACAGUAGAGGAAAAGCCUGGUUAGCAAGAGUUUUCCCUAGACAAUAAUGAAAAUGUGUAAUUUAUUAGCAUAAUUCUGUUUUUUUCUUGAAUGUUUUAAAAUAAAGGUCAUAGGUGACCCUGUAC